AUGAGUGAAGUUGCUUUUGAAGAGACUUUGAUUUAUGCUCCAGUAAAAACACUGGUGUUUAUGGAUACAAAAACAUUUCACAAUCAAACAAUAGAGAAUACUUGGCACAGUUCACCAAAUAUGUCAGUACAGGUAGAGGAAGCAUUGACGCCUGAUGCUGAAAAGAAUACCAUGCCUUCUGAUGGGUUGGAUUCAGCUGAGAAAUCCCAAACGGGAGAGAAUGAAGGGCAAACGAAGAUUGCUGAACCAAAAGUAGCAGAAAAAUCGGUUGACGAAGAUGAACAUGGAAGUGAAUCGCCGAAAGUAAAGUCCGAUUCUGUGAAUGUUCAGGAUCAAGAAACAAAAGAACAAGUUCGUGAUGAUGAACAUGUAGUAGAUGUUGAUGAUUCACAAUCUUUUGUUGAACAGGGUGGCGAAGAAGAAGAAGAAAAAGGAGAAGAAUCUAAAGAUUUAUCUGAUUUUACAGAUGUAACAAAAACCAAACCUGUAACUACUAAAACAGAAGAAGGGUCAGACAUGGCACCGAGCAAUGAUGUAUUGGAUUUCGAGUGGGUAUCCAAAGGCUUGGUUUUGUUUCCAGAUUCAAGUGUUUGCUCUUUUAUUGACAAUAACGAUGGCAAUGCAUUUAUUUAUUCUACUUCUGACGAUUUGAGCGAAAAUACUUUAGAAGACUUAUUUGGAAUUGUGCGUGCACGUCUGGAAUCUCUGGAUGCAUUAGGUUCUGAGUCGGAGUUAGUGUGCGAAUUUUCAGAUUUGAAUUUAAAAAUCGCUGAAGAUAACGUUUAUGCCAAUCAAAUUCAUCUAGUCGAUAUUCUAGAACUUUUAUCUGUACAUUGCAGCCAUGGAAACUCAUUUUCUGUGUUAUUUACGACUCAACCUCGGUUUAUUGCUAGAUACAACACGCUUGUCCAAGAUGUCUCUGGAGCUAGCGCCAGUGAACUCGAUUUAGAUGAAGACAGCAACGAAGCUUCAGCGCUGGUUCCAGAUCUAUCAAAGGAAUCCGAGGAAGACAUUCCUCCUGACACUACUACUGAUGAUCAAACACAUACUGCCAAGAAUGUAUUGGAUGAAGGAGAAGUCUUCUCGAACAACAGUAAUUUUCAAAACACAAAAAUUCCUGCGACGGAGCAUAUAGCAGCCGAUGAACAACCAGGGAUAGAUGUUAGUGACCUAACCGCUGAACAUUUGGAUGACAGUGCUUUGGGUUCCAUUUUGGAGGAUAUAAACAAUAAUGGUGAAAUGGUAUCUAGUACGACUCCUUUUGAAUCGUUUCUGGAUGAAGAGCAAGUGAAACUUGAUGUAAUAAAAGAAAGUCAAACACAAAAUGGUAAACGGAGACUGGAUGAUUUCGAUAACAUACUUGAAGAGGAUACGGUAGAUCAGGGCGGCGAUGGAAUCCAGAUUACUUCUCCAAAAAAGUCGAAACUUGUCACAUCAUCAUCUGAAGCAUCUUAA